GUUGUCGUCACUGAUUCAGUCUGCAGAGUUUGUUUGAUUCACUCAGUCGUGCGGAGUCCGCCAAAGAGGCAGGAGCCGAAUUGCGCUUGUUGGUGAAUUAAUUAAGAUUGUUCAAAUUUCUAGAUCGUUAUAAUAAAUGUACAACAGUGCGGCGAUUGUUCGUAUCGUUAGAUAUCUACCAAAAUAUCAUCAUCCUCGUCCAUUUUCACGUAUACAACAUACGUAUAUGUGAUGAAUUUAUGGAAAAUGAUAAAUUGAUGUAUAGUAUGAACGGUAGUCUUCGUAGUAAAACAAGAAAGUUCUCACGCGCGAUUGCAUCUUUCGCGAUUGCUGUGACGCGAUCGUAAUUCGUCGAUCGGGUCGAAGUUCACCUGUAGCAGUGAGAAGUUCGAGUUGGAAAGUUAUCAGAGAAAUUCAUUCAAACUGUCAGACCCGGCCGCUACAUUCAGCCCAGCCAUGUCUCUGGAGGAAUCCCGAAGGUCCCAGCGGCCCUACCGAUAUGGGAUGGUUUUGCUUUGUGUCGGAGCUCUGAUCAACUGGUUGGGAUUGGCAGAGAAUUACGUCGAGCCGGUGAGAUAUAUUGGAGUGGCCUGCAUCGUCGCCGGAGCUCUCCUUAUAUGCGCCGCAAUGUGCUGUUGGCUUCACGCCCCACCAACUCAACCACAUUCGGUAUCAUUAAGAUCGAAUCAUCCUAUAACUGCACAGAUCGAUGAUCCAAUUCACGUUAUAUCGAUCGAUGAACCUGCAGGUGGUUCCAGACAAAAACCACCAGAUUACGAAGCGGUGGCGGACGCACCACCGAGUUAUGAUGAUGCGAUAAAAUUGAAUCCUGGACAAUUCGUAGAGAGGGUAAGCGACGCCGGUAUAUCCGGUUCGGUGGGACGUUCCUCGAACGCAGGACUUUCGGUUUCGGAAAUUGCACCCACGCCGCCCCCGCCUUACGCAAGGUGAAUAAUGGGACGAUAAAAAUAAAUGUGGCUGCUAACGAAAAUAAUCGAGGGACCAACAACGGGACCAAUGCGCGGGACAACCGCUAGUGAUCAACGCCAUGAUAUAUUUCUCCUUUUGUUUGAGGAGGGGUUGUAAUCUUGGUAUAUAAAUAACGGAGGUCGAUGUGAAACUACUACUUGGAUACUUGAGAAACCAUCACUGUCGCGCGCACCACCAAAAAUAAAAGAACCCUGUAUAUAUGUGUGUGUGUAUAUAGUAUACUUUGACUCACGUAUAAAUUUUACUCAUAUUGUGUUUGGUAAACGAGACUCUAUACAAACAGUCAUAUUGUAUACCUUUAACACGCGAGAAAGCAUCACAUGCUACACACCUAACGGAGUCGAGGUCUUGUUGGAUUCCUAUAAACAUUUUGUAUAUAAUUCCCGAGGCAAUUAAGACUUAAUGGGAGAGAAAGGAGGCAAAGAAGAAGGAGGUGAAGAAAAAAAAGGUGAAGAAGAAAAGGAAUACGAGAAAUAUUAAUUGUAAAAUGAAGUUAACGAGAUACACGAAUGGCAGGGGGGAAUCGAAGUGACCUCCAGCUUCGGGGGUCCUGCAGUGAGAUCCGAAGAAAACAAUGAUGUGCUUAUCGCGGUACCUGUAUUGUGUAUAAAGUUCAUUCCUCGCUAUGAAUGAUGUUUUUUUUCCUACUAUUUUCUCUACCUCUGGAUGACUUCUCUCACAAAAUACACAUCGGAACAGUUUCCACCCGCUUUACUUACCUGUAUGCCAUUAUUGCUACUAUAAUAAUUAUUAUUAUUACUACUACUAUUAAAUCUCUAUACAUAAACACGUCCGAUUCAUUGUGAUAUUUAACUCUGUUGGAUAGCAUUAAGCUGCAAGCCGUAUAAAUGAUCUUUGUAAUAUACAACUUCUUACAUAUGUAUAUGUAUGUAUGUACGUUGACUGGUCGUUGACAAAUUUAAGAUGACACUUUUUUUUUUCUUUUUUUUUUUUUAUACAGCGAUGCAAAAUGAUAAAUAAGUAACAUCUUGAUAUGCAAGCA